CAUAUACCGUCUCUGCCUCUGCGUGUGCCACUACUCUCUUAUAAUACAUUAAACCUACAUUCGCAUAAUUGUCCGUUUCUCUCUAUCCACUGUCUGAAACCAAACAUGAAGUCUCUGCUUCGCCGCUACUCACAAGUCGCCGAUUCCUCCUCUUCCUGCCACUCUUUUCCCUGCAACCAGAUUCUCCGCCGCCAUGUUCAUCACCCGACAUCGUUCUUGGUUAAACGAGCAUCCGUCCCAUCGAGCAUCCCUUCAGGACUUGUGCCGGUCGACGUCGGCGAGAAGAUGGAGCGGUUCUUGGUGAGUGCGGAGCUGCUUAACCACCCUGUGUUCGUCGGUUUGCUUAACCGAUCUGCUCAGGAGUACGGUUACGCUCAGAAAGGUGUUCUUCAUAUCCCAUGUAACGUCUUCGUGUUUGAGCGAGUCAUUGAGGCUCUCCGAUCUGGAACCUCUCAGUCUCGUGAUGUGUCGGAGCUUGUUGCAUCGUUAACAGGCGAUGAAGAUGUGUCUCUGUGGUUACCUGGAGUUACAGAGUAGCUGAUGGUUGUCCUUCUUGAUCUAUAGCCAAGGAUAUUUUUGUUUGAUCUUCUCCUUUUAUUGUACUGAUCAAAAAAAAUAUUUUUGAUGAUUGAUAAUGAGAAGUGUAUUUUCGGUUUCAUCUCCGAAUGUUCUUUUUAAUUCGAUAAGUAAAAUUAA